AUGAUUUUUUUAAGUCAAAUACUGUGUAUUUAUUUUGUUGUUGAGAUUGUAAAAUCUGCUCAAAUAAAUCGUAAUAUAAUAAUUGAUGGAAAUUUUGAUGAUUGGUUAAAUGUUCAAUCUUACAGUGAUCCACAGGAUAACAUAGAUGGUACAGUUUAUCAAGAAAGUCCUUGGUUUUCUGCAUUAAAAAUUCCCGAUUGUCAUGAUGGAACUCAUAUGGGUAAUGAAAAUAUACCAAAACAUAUUUAUAAUCCAAACGUUGAUAUAGUUGAAUUUAAAAUAGCACACGAUGAUAAAUCAUUGUACAUUUAUUUUCGUGUUGCUGAUGGUGGAAUUAUUGGUAAAACUUCAGUUGGAUCGGGUAAAUUUGAUGAAAAUAAUCCAUCAAAUCCUUCACCUGGAAGAUUUUAUGUAAUAACAUCAAUUAAUCUUGAUAUGAAUGAACAAACAGGCUAUUGGUUAAGUGAAGGUGGAUAUUAUCCAACUGCACCUGGACUUGAUGGAAAUUUUGAACUUGAAUUUUAUAAUGGUACAUACAAUCAAAAUUAUUAUCUUAAUCAUGCUGGUAAUAGUACGAAUGAACUAAAUUAUACAAAAGAACAAAAUAGACAAAAUCAGUUUAUAUUAGGUACAAAUUUUUAUAGUUAUUACACUCAAUAUAUUUAUUGGGAUCAUCGGCCAACUGAAAAUGAAAUCAAAAAAUGUUUAUUUGGAUUCUAUGAAUUACCUAGUCCAAAUAAUAAUAAUUUUAUUUGUUUUUCUCAAGAUGAUGCACCCGGACCGUUCAAUGGUAUUCUAAGUUAUGCACAAAGUGAAAAAGGUAACGAAUUGGAAAUUCGAGCUCCAUUUCAGGGAUUUUUAUUAAACAAAAAUACAGGUGAGCCAACUUUACAAUUAGGAAUGACAGUGAAUAUAUCAUUAACAUUAGAGACAAGUCCAGAAUAUUCAUUACCACAAGAAUGGUGUUCGGAUUCAGCACCAACAAUUCAAUAUACACUCUCACUUGUUUCAUUACAAUAUCUGAGUUGUUUUACAUCUCGAAAAGCUCUUAAUUUAGAUUAUAAUGGUUUUCUAUUAAGUAAAGUUAAUUAUACAAAACAAAGUAGUUAUUUUCAAGAGACAAUCGAUAUUGAUUUUGGUUUUAAUCAUAAUCCAAAACGUCAACUGAAUUUAGAUGAUACACACCGUCAAAUGUCAUUAGAAACACUUCAGAAAUAUGCCAGUUUGUUCGAUGGUUUUAUAAUUAAUAUCGGAAAAGAAUAUUUUGAACAAAAUCGUGAUAGAAUACAAACAUAUUUGACUUCUAUACCAGAUAACAAAUUAAAGAUGAUAUUAAUUCGAGAUGUACAACAAGAACAAACAUGA